GGCACCAGAGAGACAAAAGCAGUGCGCACAAAAGAAAGCAUUGAUCUUCAAUCAGGAAGCAGAUAUUGUCAUAUUGUGUAUUCGGGUGUUAUCCACUACGGACCACUCUGAACCCCCCUUGUGCAGAACUCAUCUUCCCACAGCCAUCCACCUUUCGUAUACUUGAUUGCCCGCCAUGUCUUCCGGACUCGCUUCUGACGAAGUGGCCGAGGAUUACAAGAACUCCCUUGAGGACCUGACUACAAAUGACAAGUUCCAAAUCAGCAACCUUACUGUCAUAGCCAAAGAGAAUACGGAGCAUGCAAUGGCAAUAUCCCGGGUGCUGGAAAACCACAUUCGAACUACACCACCUUCUCAGAAGCUGCCUGCUCUGUACGUAGUCGAUUCUGUCGUCAAGAAUGUAGGAACGCCCUACACUCUCUUUCUUGGACGAAAUAUGUACCAGACGUUCAUGAAUGCGUACACCUUGGUCGAUUCUCAAACUCGCAAGAAGCUUGAUGAGAUGCUCAAGACAUGGAAAGAACCAGUCCCCGGUUCCCUAGAUACCAGGCCGGUCUUCCCUGUUGAAAUAACUCGCAGUAUCGAGAACGCUCUGAUCAAGGCCAGGACAGCAGCACUUCAGCAGCAGCAGGCUAGAGGCCAACAUGAGUUGCUGGGCCGCGGCCGUGGUGUUACGACACCCCCAAACUGGACACAUUCUCCUACUCCGCCUCUAGCUUCCUCGCGAUAUCCGUCUUCGUCGGGUCAGAACUUGGGUCCCCAAUAUGGGACAAAUGGACAUGGCCAUCAACCAGCACGGUACAAUUCGCCAACGCCUCAGCCUAGUCAGGUGGUCGACCUUGGUGCCUUGAAUAGUGAUAUAGAUGCAUUAAUAUCGACCGCUCGGUCCGAUUUUGCCAAUAAUCCGCUAGAUCCUUCUGUCCAGCAACGUCUCAAGGCUCUCCUCGAUCUUCAAGGCAUUUUGCAACGGCAGGAACUGCCUCAGGAACAGCUCAGACUCGUCCGAGACCAGGUCUCUAGACUUGCACCUCCCAAGCCAGCAGCACCCCCAGCGCCUCCGGUGCCCCCAGUAUCAUCAGUACCGCAGACACUUCCAAUCUUCCCUUCGGCUCCGGCGCAAUCUCUUGCAUCGCAGCUACAACAACCAAACUUGCAGCAACUGCUUAACCCUGGAACGUUGGCCGAACUGAUCAAAGCUACGACAAAUAAACAGCAGCCCACACCUCCCCCUCAGGCACCCAAUCCAUAUCCACAAGUUCCUGCGGUCGGCACUCCACAACCCCCUGCAGCUUCAACUGCAGCGUCCGAGAACCCGUUGAUUGCCUCCCUGAGGGCGCGCGGUCUCCUACCACCUCUCCCCUCUGCCACUGCAACGCCACCAAUACCGCCAGUUUUCCCCAACCUACCACUUAUCGUCCCGGGUCAAGUCCGUUAUACGCCUCCAGUUUCCACACCCCAGAUUCCUGCCGCAUCUGAGAUGACCAUCAGUGUGCAAAUGAGCACAGCCUCCAUCAAAAUACCCCGUCCCACUCUGGUAGCAACACUCUAUGAAGCGAGAUCCAAUCGCUGCGGAACUUGUGGGCGUCGUUUCUUCGCUAAUGAAGAAGGGAAAGAGAAAAAGGCUCGACAUCUGGAUUGGCAUUUUAGAACCAAUCAGAGAAUGGCAGAUGCAGCGAAGCGCGGCCAGAACCGCAGCUGGUACGUGGACGAACGUGAUUGGAUAAAAUCGCGAGAAUUCGAGGACGAGAUCGGAGCUGCAGAUGGCGGAUCUGCUGGUAGUAAUACGGCAGGACCAGAUGCUGCUGCGGCGCAGAAAGGCCCGAAGAAGCAAUGGAUCCAUGCACCUAACGAUGCGGUCUUACGAAAUACGCCGUGUCCCAUAUGCCAGGAGAAAUUCGAAUCUACGUGGUCGGAGGAAGUACAGGACUGGAUCUGGCAGGAUGCCAUCAAGGUCGGCAGCCGCGUGUACCAUGCAAGCUGCUAUAGUGAGGUUACCAAGGACGGCGCCGCCCCAGGACGGGGAGGCACACCUUCAGUGCGAACGGGUACCCCAGACUCUGUGCUGGGUAAGCGAAAAGCAGAGGAUAAUGAUCCAGCUGAGCAUAACGUCCGGAUCAAGACAGAACCUGUGUCAUGACCAUACGUCUACUAAUCUCUUAUUCACAUAAAUUUCUGUUCGGCAACUGUAUUCCGAACCCCAGUAUUCAUAUCUGAUUUUGUGCACCUCUUUGUUAGCAGGAGGACUGGCCCCUCUUGACAGGCAUAUGUUCAUCUUCUCCGCAUAUAUGGCUGGUUUUGGCGUCCGGUUUCU